GUGUACAGUCCGAUAUUUGCUCGCGCAAGUCGGAUUUUUGUGAGUAUUAGUUGCUUUGUGGACGCACGCGCCUUUACUUUCGCUUCCGGUUUUUUUUGUUGUAGCGUCGUGGCGUUGUUUUCCUUCUGGUUAUCACUUUUUGUUUAAUUCCCUUUUAUUUACCGAUUGUUUACAUCUGGUCGCAUCUCAAGGUCUUCAUGACACACUUUAACUUCAUUUCCGCGACGUCUGCUGUCAACUUUUUGUGAUUAUAAGAAGUCUUUUUCCGCGGAUUUUCCCCAUUUUCUGCAGCGAUGGCCACCGCAGACUCGGUGUAUAACACCACAACCACCGCAGAAGCUCCAGCGGCAAGAUCGCGUAGAUGGUUCAUCGUACCGAACCCCAACCUGGACUUUAUCAGAUUUUUUGUAAAAAUCGCAGAAGUGCUCCUGUCCUUCGUGGCGUUCGUCCUGGAGGAAUCGGUGAACAGUUGCACUUCCUGCAGCGCGCUGUACUUCUUUGAGUUUGUGAGCUGCACGGCCUUCCUCUUCACACUCCUCUUCCUCAUCCUCCUCUCCACGCCGAUGCACCAGAAAGUCGGCAUCACCUGCUGGCCCAAACUGGAUUUCGUAUAUUCGGCUCUGAUCGCCGUGCUUUUAGUCAUCGCCUCCGCCGCGUUCUCAGCACAUAACAGCGGCUCGGAAAUGGAGAGAGCCACCGUGGUUUUCGGCUUCCUCGCCGCCUCCGCCUUCUUCAUAGAUGUGAUCAUUUUCUACAGGACGACGGGUUUCCCGUUUUCCGGUACGAAGAAACCGCCGGCGGUGGGUUCAGCUGGACCGCAAGCCGAGAUCGAGAAACUCACCUCCAACGGUUCCAACGUUACCAACUGAUCCAGUGGGAAAAAUCGCCCCGUUCGUCCGUAACAGUGAUCCGCUCAUGAAUUGACGUUUAAACCUGCUCCACUUCCAAACGCUACGCCGUUUAAUUUAUCAAGCUUUUGUUUAUUUUGUUCUUAUUUUUUUCCCCCCAUCAAAUUCACGCAUCACCUAUUUUUUACGCAUGAAAUUGAACCGGUUUUAAUAUUUAUGAUGCUUUGACGCCUCAGUAGAGGGAAAAGCGUGACUUUCCUCGCGAUCAUGACGUUUCAGGAAGUAACAUUUCAAUGGAUGAUCUUUUUUAAGUGUCUUUAAAAAAAAAAAAAAAUUUUUGUACCGAGUUUCGACAAUCCGUUCCUUUUAGUGUACGUGUACUAAAUCGCAUUUGAUAAUCAACAGCACAGACUGGUGACCGCUGAUCUGCACUGUUCCCCGCGGUGCACCUGAGAGGAAGCUUCCUACGGCAGCGCAGAAAUAAAGACGUCCCUCCUUUUAGAGGAGUGUCACGUGUGCCCGGUAAUUCCCCGUGUUACAGGGUGAAGACGAUGUCACGCUAACGUCGGAUCAUUUGACUAUUUUCUUUUCAUUUUUAGAUCCUUUCAUCUCACAGUAGGCUUAAUAUUAAUCAGUGGUUUAAAUUACAUCCCGUAUUCACACACUCGGCACCAGUGUGAAUAUUUCCUAAUCUGACCGCGUGCACCAGCUUUACUUCACUUCACAAACGAAGGCGUUUCUAGGACUCUUUCUAGACCGCCUCCUUAAAAGCGUGCCGCGUGAUGAAGUGCGUAUCGUAAUGAUGUCAGUAUUUAAAAAGCAGUGUAUCGGAUUUAUAGAAGCGUGCACGUUUGGAGUAUUGGAUUUAUUUCUGAGCUGCUUUUUAAACCGGAACAUGAGAAGCAGGCGUUUGAGUUUUUCCUCGAAAGUGUUUGUGCUGCCGCUUGUACAAGAACCUGGAAAUCAAACGGCCGGGACCAGGUGACUUCCUGCGUUCACAAUAGCGAGGGACAAAGCUGCAGGCGACGGUUCGUCUUCUGCGAACGCCGAGACACGAUUUCAGCAACAAGUGACAUUUGAACUGCAACUUUCUCAAUUCUACUCGAAUUACAAUUAAUAUACCGCUCUAAAGAAGCGACCGACCCAAACGAUCGUCUCGAAUGAUUCCUCGGACCAAUCCUGCACCGCAUGUGGUCCGACGUUUCCCCAGUUCCUCUCUCACAACUUUACUUCCUACCCGCAGUCAGUUUCAUCUGCUAGUGUGAACGGCUUAGGAGUUCUCUUCUCAGCGAAUCGGAUCAUUUCGACUCCGAGUCGACUCUUUUGGUGCUCAAAUGACUCCUUGUGAUAGUUUAAACCCCUGAUUGUUUUUCUUAACCUGACUAUGGCUGAGCCUCUUACUCUACUUUGUAAUUGCCAGAACAUCGCACUCAGCUCUCAGCGUUCACCUAAAAGAGCUGACUCCUUCACAAGCGGCACAGACCGAAACCCCUGAAUAGAAAGACGUUUUUGUUUUCCGGUCGCUUCCCCUCACGAUGUCGCGUCAAGUACACACUUGCAGCGAGUGUACGGAUGAGCAGAACUUUCCCGUAGUGAAAUGCUGGAACUCUUUAGAGAGAACGACUCCUCCGAAGCGAAUUCCCUUCUGUUUAUUUCCUCCGAGCUAUCAGACGACACGUUUUGCGGUAUCCCAGUUCGAACACGGCUAAUCAGAUAUACUUUGGAGAUGUUAAGGGUGUCAUUGCCCCUUGCAAGUCCACCGUGAUGUCGGUUAACUCAUCCGCUGAGCUGAUAAAGGCUGCUUCAUUCAUUAUAUACCUUUAAGAUGCAGCAGGGACUCGAUCGAGAGGAAACGAAGGAGGGAAGUCGAUGAGGUCGUGUUAAAAACAGCACUGGAACUGGAGUCCUUUAUAUUUAAAUUCUCUAAAACGACUAACCAAAGUGCAAACUUAUACAAAUCCCAAAUGAAAUAAUAGAUCUUGGUUUAGUGUGACGUGGCUCCAUGUUUGUGAGAUGUGGGCGUGGCCUGUACCACGUUUUUUGAAAUAUAUACAGUAUAUACGCGUAUUUUAAUCCACGUUUGUGUAUCGCAAGUAUUUAAAAAUGCAGGUUAAUUUUUGUACGCUGCACUUCUCAGUUUUCUCUCCGAGUUUGGGUUAAGGAGGAGGAAGUGAAGCGGCGAGAGAGAACUGGGCCGAACGUGGGAUUAGUCAGAGGAACCGCAUCACGGCUAAUUAGCAUAAAAUAGAGAGCAGAAAACAAACCAACAUCUCUGUGUUUCCGAAUGUUCUGCGACACUGCUAGCGUGAACGCGAUUUUUUAUUUUCUUUCCAAUCCAGCUGCAAACGAUCCCACCGCCAGCGCCUCUUUAAUCAGUCUCGCAUCCAAGUGUCAUUUUGCGAACUUUAUUUCUACGUAGUUGUGAGUAUUGUUGAGUUUUUAACCACGGAAUGAUUCGGACACAACAAUGUCUCUGCGCUGUGAUUGACUCCAGAUCUCUCCUAAUCGUUCUGUCCUGUGGUUCUGAUGAGUGUGAACGUGAGCGAGCGUGAGAACAGCUGGCCAGGAGUGUACAGAUGUUUUUAUUCCUUAUAGAUAUGGUCUUAAGAGAAGAGAGUCCUUUCUCGUUCCCAUGAUGCCUCGUUCGGUUACGUGUAGUUCUGAUGUCAUUUAGAGAAGUGUGUUUUAAAAUUUUUUUUUAUACUGAGUGAAAAUCCAAGAAGUGUAGAAAAGAUAAUCAAUUUGCGCACGACCACUUUGCGAUUUUUCCAGCAAUUUCCAAAAUGGUGCUCAUUAAUUAUUCAAAUAUUCCGGAUCAUUUUAAAUAUGAAUCUAAAUGACCGUAUUAAGCUUUGUAUAACAAGCGUAGAGCACGCUUAAUGCUGUAUCGUUCCUUAUUAACAUUCCUCAUUAACGGUGCGGUCCGAGAGUAACACACACACACUUUGGAUUUAUUAUCACCAAAGAUCUUUGAACUCUGCAACACACACACACAUUUAAUUCCAGUUUAAUCAUUUAAUCAGUAAUUAAUCAUUGUCUUAAUGUUGUUGUUUUUUCCCUCUGUGUGAAUGUUAAACCUGUGUGUGUUUUUAAAAUUUCGUUUUAAAACUAUUAUGCAAUAAAACAACAGGGAACACACACCCACACACACACACACACACCGGUGUCUCUGAUUUUGUUUAAAAUGUUUUUAAUAAAUAUCUGUUAAAUACCAUUAUUGAUCUUAGAUGGGAAAUAUAAGUGUUUGAGCGGUGUAAAUAAGACGAGAGAAGUAUAAAUAUAUUCGAUAUUACAUCAAUAUUGUGAUCAUUUACAACACGGUAUGCUUUUUUUUUUUGAGAAUUCUCUGUGCAUUUUCUGUAGUCACAUGUAUAUGAAUAAAGAUAGCUGUAUUUACGGUU